GUUCAAGCUAUACACGGUCAGUAUAAUUAGUAAAAAUAACAGUCACGAGAGUCACAAGUAUUCAGUGCUCAGUAAAACCAUCACUCUUCAUCGUUAAGACACACGACUACUUGACACCAAGAACAGAGAUACUGCAGCGGUACACCAUGGCAGCCCGCACCUUCCUCAUCGUCGGCGCGACCGGCCAGCAAGGCAGUUCCGUCCUCUCAGCGUUAUCCAAGCUGCUCUCCUUAUCCUCAUUCUCAUCCAGCCCGGCCCCCAAGAUCCUAGCCUUGACUCGUUCGGCAAAAUCGGCCAAAGCCCAGACUCUAACGACCAAGUACCCCCAACUGAACAUCACGGUUGUGGAAGGCGACGUCAAAGACCCCACGCCCAUCUUCGAGGCCCACCCGGGGAUCAACUCCGUCUUUGCCUACACUAAGCCGCCCAACGAGGAACCGCAGGCCAUCCCAUUGAUCGACGCCGCGGCGGCGGCGGGCUUGUCCCAAAUCGUCUUCUCGUCUGUCGAGCGAGGCGGCGACAAAAGGUCGUGGGACAAUCCCACAGAUGUACCGCAUUUCCUACAGAAGCACAACAUCGAACUGCAUCUGAAGCAGAAAGCGGAGCAGAGCCACGGCAAAUUGGAUUGGACCAUCCUCCGCCCCACAGCAUUCUUUGAUAACCUCAAUCCGGGAACGUUCGGCAAGGUGUUUGCGAGUCUAUGGGCGACGAUGCCGGAGACUACGAAGUUGCAAUUGGUAAGCUGCCGGGAUAUUGGGCUGUUUGCUGCGAAGGCGCUGUUGGAGCCGGAGAAGUGGAGUGGGAGGGCGGUCGGGUUAGCAGGGGAUGAGAUGACGCUAGGAGAAGCGAGGAAUAUUUAUAGACGAGUGGUGGGAAGAGAGUUGCCCGAGGCAUGGGGUCCCGUGGGUCAGGGAGUUCGAUGGGCAAUUGGGGAUUUGAGCAAGAUGUUUAAUUUCUUCGAGAAAAACGGGUAUGGGGUUGAUAUUAAGAAUUUGAGGGAAGAGGAGUCAGAGCUACAGGAUUUUGAGACGUGGUUGAAGCAGAGUAGUAAACAUGAGGUCAGGGAGGAUUGAUUCAGGGGGUAAACUGAUGUGUCCCGUGAUAGGUUUUGGCUGAUUUGGCUUGUACAAGGCUUGUACGAUAUGACGAGGGCUCCCGAAUUAGGUAUAUGUGUCUCGCAUUCACGAAAUCACGGUGUUUUAUGAG